AGAGAUGUUUAAGAUUUUGGACAUUUUUCCUAUGUGAAUUAGUUCUUUAUUAGGUCGUUGAUUUAAUUAGCAUUCAACAAAAACACUUUCCUGUUUUGAUUGUGGAAACAUUCUUUAAGUUGGUUAUUUUCAUCUGACACAGAAUCGGUUAGCAACUGUUUGCGUAAAGCGCAGAGCAGUAGUUAGUCUACACCGUGUGCUGUAAACAGGGGAUGCUUACGGGCAGGCCUGCCCCCCUUUCCGCCUACCUGCUCCGGCCUGCCUUGUCCCAGAAGGGGUCAAGGCGAGGGUGAGGGCUGCAUGGACAUUUUGAACUUCAUUCUGUUAAAAGUUUCAGUUUUGACCAGUUUGGGGGAAAGGUUUCUGUCUCUGCUGAUGAAGAAUGGUCAUCGUCUAGAAACUGUCCGUCCAGCUAGAGUUUGUCCGAGUGGUCGCAUGGCUCCUGGUCCAUCCCCAGAGCCCGGGGCCCUCGGGUGGAUGAUGGACCCGUGAUGGGACUUCCUCUGGCAGGGGGGAGGAGGGGGCGGGCGUGUGUUGCUGGAGAACGAAAGCCUGGCACGUUCCUGCCGUCAGACGGACGUAAGGAAAUGAUGCGUUGCCGCUCCGCUCGCCAGCGUGCCUGCCAGCGUCCUCGCCUCCGCCGCUUUCUCCUUCGACGCCUCUGUUGCGGUCCUGUAGUUGGUUGUAUGUGGGCCGUAAAUAUCCAAUUUGUACGAAAUGACUGAUUUUGGUAUUUGUAUAAUCCUCUAGUCAAUUUAACUAAGUUGAGCUUUUCACAGCCCUCGGUGCUGUGGCUGCUCAUCUGAUUACACCGCUCAGGGGAAUAAGGUUAAGGGCGGGCUGUUGGUAACCAGAGCAUUUCCAGGGCUUUCCUGCAGCAGAUGGGCUGCUUGGCGACAGUCAUACAUCUGCUGGCCUGCUGUGGCAGCUGCCGCCGCUUCACGUUGUGUUCUUUUGUUCUGUUCCAUCCAAGAAUGGAACGCGAGGAAGUGGAGUGAAUGGAUUAAUUUAAGGUUAAGGACCUCUAUCCAGAUUUGCCUGACACUGCAGGGUCCAAGAGAAUUAAAGAAAUAUGGAGUGACAUGAAGAAGAUUAGUCAAGGAUUAUAGGCUCUGAGGACGAACCCUCAGUGAAGUGAAGCACAGACAAGCUCCUGAGCUCUGGUCGGGAGGAGCCGUGUGUUGGGAGAAGAUGGCGGAUCCAGGAAUGAUGAGUCUUUUCGGCGAGGAUGGGAAUAUUUUCAGCGAAGGCCUCGAAAGCCUGGGAGAAUGUGGUUACCCUGAAAAUCCCGUGAAUCCCAUGGGCCAGCAGAUGCCGAUAGACCAAGGCUUUGCCUCCUUACAGCCAUCCCUCCACCAUCCCUCCACGAAUCAGAAUCAAACCAAGUUGACCCACUUCGAUCACUAUAAUCAGUACGAGCAGCAAAAGAUGCAUCUGAUGGACCAGCCGAGCAGAAUGAUGAGCAGUGCCCCUGGGAACGGACUGGCGUCUCCCCACUCGCAGUACCACACCCCGCCCGUCCCCCAGGUCCCCCACGGGGCCGGCGGCGGCGGCGGCGGCGGCGGCGGCGGCCAGAUGGGUGUCUACCCCGGCCUGCCGAACGAGCGGCACGGGGGGCAGUCUUUCGUGGACGGCGGCCCCAUGUGGGCCCCCCGGGCCGUGCAGGUGCCGGACCAGAUCCGAGCCCCCUACCAGCCGCCGCCGCCGCAGCCCCAGGCGGCCCCGUCGGGCCCCCCCGCGCAGGGUCACCCCCCGCACCUGCAGCAGCUGGGCGGCUACAUGGCGCGCGGGGACUUCUCCAUGCAGCAGCACGGGCAGCCGCAGCCGAGGAUGGGCCAGUUCCCCCCGGGCCAGGAGGGCCUCGGUCAGGGAAGCCCCUUCAUCGCCGGCCCCGGCCACCUGUCGCACGUGCCCCCGCAGAGCCCCGGGGUGGCGCCGAGCCUGCGCCACGCGGUGCAGCCCUUCCACCACCAUCCCCCCGCCGCUCUCCACGGGGAGCCCGUCGCCCACAGCCCCCGGUUCUCCCCCAACCCUCCCCCGCAAGGGGCCGUGAGGCCGCAGACCCUUACCUUUAGCUCUCGGAGCCAGACGGUCCCGUCACCUACUAUAAACAACUCAGGGCAGUAUUCUCGCUAUCCUUACAGUAACCUAAAUCAGGGAUUAGUUAACAAUACAGGGAUGAAUCAGAAUCUAGGCCUUACAAAUAAUACUCCAAUGAACCAGUCCGUCCCAAGAUACCCCAACGCUGUAGGGUUCCCGUCGAACAGUGGUCAAGGACUCAUGCACCAGCAGCCCAUCCACCCCAGCGGCUCACUUAACCAAAUGAACACGCAAACUAUGCAUCCUUCGCAGCCUCAGGGAACUUACGCCUCUCCGCCUCCCAUGUCACCCAUGAAAGCAAUGAGUAACCCGGCGGGCACUCCUCCUCCGCAAGUCCGGCCCGGAAGUGCCGGCAUCCCGAUGGAAGUCGGCAGUUACCCAAAUAUGCCUCACCCGCAGCCGUCUCACCAGCCCCCUGGCGCCAUGGGGAUCGGACAGAGGAACAUGGGCCCCAGGAACAUGCAACCGUCCCGUCCGUUUAUGGGCAUGUCCCCGGCGCCGAGGGAGCUGGCCGGGCACCUGAGACCCAACGGUUGUCCCGGCGUCGGCCUCCCAGACCCGCAGGCGAUCCAGGACCGGCUGCUCCCCGGCCAGCAGCACCCCGGGCAGCCGCCGGCCUUCCAGCAGUUGCCAACCUGCCCUCCGCUGCAGCCCCACCCGGGCCUGCACCACCAGGCUUCGCCCCCGCCCUCGCACCACCAGCCUUGGGCACAGCUCCACCCCUCGCCCCAGAGCGCCCCGCAGAAAGUGCCUGUGCCGCAGCAUUCUCCAUCGGAGCCCUUUCUAGAGAAACCAGUGCCGGAUAUGACUCAGGUUAGUGGACCGAACGCUCAGCUAGUGAACAGUGAUGAUUACCUGCUGUCAGUAGAACAGCAGCCUCAGCAAAAGAAGAAGAAAAAGAAAAACAACCACAUUGUUGCAGAGGAUCCCAGUAAAAGUUUUGGUAAAGAUGACUUCCCCGGUGGGGUUGAUAACCAAGAACUAAACAGGAACUCACUAGAUGGGUCCCAAGAAGAGAAAAAGAAAAAGAAAAGGCCGAAGGCAAAAAAAGAUCCCAAGGAACCGAAAGAACCCAAGGAGAAAAAAGAGCCCAAGGAACCCAAGACCCCGAAAGCCCCUAAGAUUCCCAAAGAGCCAAAGGAAAAGAAAGCAAAAACUGCCACGCCAAAACCCAAAUCCAGCAAAAAGUCAAGUAAUAAGAAACCUGAUUCAGAAGCAAGUGCUUUGAAGAAAAAGGCCAACAAGGGAAAAACAGAAGGUUCUGAGAAUUCAGACUUAGACAAAACACCCCCAUCAUCUCCUCCUCCUGAAGAAGACGAGGACCCAGGUGUUCAGAAGAGACGGUCCAGCAGGCAGGUGAAGAGAAAGCGGUACACCGAGGACUUGGAGUUCAAGAUCUCUGACGAGGAGGCCGAGGACGCAGACGCUGCCGGGAGAGACUCCCCCUCCACCACCUCGCAGUCGGAGCCGCAGGAAUCUGUUGAUGCAGACGGUCCAGUGGUAGAAAAAAUUAUGAGUAGUCGUUCAGUAAAAAAACAGAAGGAAUCUGGAGAAGAGGUAGAAGUUGAGGAGUUCUACGUGAAAUACAAAAACUUCUCUUAUCUUCAUUGUCAAUGGGCAUCUGUAGAAGAUCUGGAAAAAGAUAAGAGAAUUCAGCAAAAGAUUAAACGAUUUAAGGCAAAGCAGGGCCAGAACAAAUUCCUUUCAGAGAUUGAAGAUGAGCUUUUUAAUCCAGAUUACGUGGAGGUUGACCGGAUCAUGGACUUUGCACGUAGCACAGAUGACCGGGGAGAGCCUGUGACUCACUACCUGGUGAAGUGGUGCUCACUGCCUUAUGAAGACAGCACGUGGGAGCUGAGGCAGGACAUAGACCAAGCCAAGAUCGAAGAGUUUGAGAAGCUGCUGUCCCGGGAGCCGGAAACAGAGCGCGUGGAGCGACCUCCUGCUGAUGACUGGAAGAAAUCGGAGAGUUCCAGGGAGUAUAAAAACAAUAACAAACUCAGGGAAUACCAGUUGGAGGGAGUAAACUGGCUACUUUUCAAUUGGUACAACAUGCGAAACUGCAUUUUAGCAGAUGAAAUGGGUUUGGGAAAAACUAUCCAGUCCAUUACAUUUCUCUAUGAGAUAUAUUUGAAAGGAAUCCAUGGCCCUUUUUUAGUAAUUGCCCCAUUGUCCACAAUCCCCAACUGGGAAAGGGAAUUCCGGACCUGGACAGAGUUGAACGUGGUUGUGUAUCAUGGGAGUCAAGCUAGUCGUCGGACCAUUCAGUUGUAUGAAAUGUACUUCAAAGAUCCCCAGGGUCGAGUGAUAAAGGGGUCCUAUAAGUUUCAUGCCAUCAUCACUACAUUUGAGAUGAUUCUGACCGAUUGUCCUGAGCUGCGGAAUAUUCCCUGGCGCUGCGUGGUCAUUGAUGAAGCCCACAGGCUGAAGAAUCGGAACUGCAAGCUGUUGGAGGGACUCAAGCUGAUGGACUUGGAACACAAAGUGCUGCUGACAGGGACCCCGCUCCAGAACACCGUGGAAGAGCUCUUCAGCUUGCUUCAUUUCUUGGAACCAGGUCGAUUCCCUUCGGAAACCACCUUUAUGCAAGAAUUUGGUGAUCUGAAAACCGAAGAACAGGUGCAAAAACUCCAGGCUAUUCUAAAGCCAAUGAUGUUGAGACGUCUCAAAGAGGACGUGGAAAAGAACUUGGCCCCCAAAGAAGAAACGAUCAUCGAAGUCGAGCUAACAAACAUUCAGAAGAAAUAUUACCGAGCCAUCCUUGAGAAGAAUUUUACGUUUCUUUCCAAAGGUGGUGGUCAAGCUAACGUACCCAACCUUUUAAACACUAUGAUGGAAUUACGGAAGUGCUGCAAUCAUCCCUACCUUAUUAACGGUGCUGAAGAGAAAAUUCUGGAAGAGUUUAAAGAAACACACAAUGCCGACUCUCCAGAUUUUCAGCUCCAGGCGAUGAUCCAGGCUGCUGGGAAGCUCGUGCUGAUUGACAAGCUGCUGCCGAAGCUGAAGGCCGGCGGCCACAGGGUGCUCAUCUUCUCCCAGAUGGUGCGCUGCCUGGACAUCCUGGAAGACUACCUCAUUCAGAGACGGUACCCGUACGAAAGGAUCGACGGCCGCGUCAGAGGGAACCUCCGCCAAGCAGCUAUCGACAGGUUCUCCAAACCUGACUCUGAUAGGUUUGUUUUCCUCCUGUGUACAAGGGCAGGAGGUUUAGGCAUUAAUCUUACUGCUGCUGAUACCUGCAUCAUCUUUGAUUCCGACUGGAAUCCCCAAAAUGAUCUCCAGGCUCAGGCUAGAUGUCAUAGAAUAGGACAGAGCAAAUCUGUGAAAAUCUACAGGCUGAUUACAAGGAAUUCUUACGAAAGGGAAAUGUUCGACAAAGCUAGCUUGAAGCUCGGUCUGGAUAAAGCUGUCCUGCAGUCCAUGAGCGGAAGAGAAAACGCUCCCAACGGGGUACAGCAGCUUUCCAAGAAAGAAAUAGAGGAUCUUCUCCGGAAAGGGGCCUACGGUGCACUCAUGGAUGAGGAGGACGAGGGGUCUAAAUUCUGCGAAGAAGAUAUCGACCAGAUUCUCCUCCGGCGAACCCACACCAUCACCAUCGAGUCUGAGGGAAAGGGUUCCACGUUUGCUAAGGCCAGUUUUGUUGCAUCUGGAAACAGGACAGAUAUUUCCUUGGAUGAUCCAAAUUUCUGGCAAAAGUGGGCUAAGAAGGCGGAAUUGGAUAUUGAUGCCUUAAAUGGGAGGAACAACCUGGUUAUUGACACUCCAAGAGUGAGGAAGCAAACCAGGCUGUACAGUGCAGUGAAGGAGGACGAGCUGAUGGAGUUUUCAGACUUGGAGAGCGAUUCUGAAGAGAAGCCCUGCACGAAGCCACGGCGGCCGCAGGACAGGUCCCAGGGCUAUGCCAGGAGCGAGUGCUUCAGAGUCGAGAAGAACCUGCUUGUCUAUGGCUGGGGGCGCUGGACAGACAUCCUCUCCCAUGGCCGCUACAAGCGUCCGCUCAGCGAGCAAGACGUGGAAACCAUCUGCAGGACCAUCCUCGUGUACUGCCUCAACCACUACAGGGGGGACGAGAACAUCAAGAGCUUCAUCUGGGAUCUGAUCACGCCCACGGCCGAUGGCCAGACGCGAGCCCUGGUCAACCAUUCCGGUUUAUCAGCCCCGGUGCCCAGGGGGCGGAAAGGCAAAAAGGUGAAAGCCCAGAGCUCGCACCCGGUGGUGCAGGACGCCGACUGGCUGGCCGGCUGCAACCCAGAUGCCCUGUUCCAGGAGGACAGCUACAAGAAGCACCUGAAGCACCACUGCAACAAGGUCCUGCUGCGUGUCCGCAUGCUGUACUACCUGAGACAAGAAGUGAUAGGAGACCAGGCGGAGAAGAUCCUAGAGGGCGCCGACUCAAGUGAAGCUGAUGUGUGGAUACCUGAGCCUUUCCACGCGGAAGUCCCCACAGAUUGGUGGGAUAAGGAAGCUGAUAAGUCCCUCCUGAUUGGAGUGUUCAAGCACGGGUACGAGAAGUACAAUUCCAUGCGAGCUGACCCCGCGCUGUGCUUCCUGGAACGAGUUGGUAUGCCCGAUGCCAAGGCCAUCGCUGCCGAGCAGAGAGGAACAGACAUGCUAGCAGAUGGCGGUGACGGGGGAGAAUUUGAUAGAGAAGAUGAAGACCCAGAAUAUAAACCAACCAGAACGCCGUUCAAGGAUGAAAUAGAUGAAUUUGCAAAUUCUCCUCCAGAAGAUAAGGAAGAACCCAUGGAAAUACGCGGCCCAGGCAAGCACAGCGAGGGCAGCGCUGAGUUAGGCCAGCUCUACUGGCCCAAUACCUCGACCCUGACCACCCGUCUGCGCAGGCUCAUUACCGCCUAUCAGCGCAGCUAUAAAAGGCAGCAGAUGAGGCAGGAGGCCCUGAUGAAGACCGACCGGCGGAGACGGCGGCCCCGGGAGGAAGUGCGGGCCCUGGAAGCUGAAAGGGAGGCUAUCAUAUCGGAGAAACGGCAGAAGUGGACGAGACGGGAAGAGGCGGACUUCUACCGCGUGGUGUCCACGUUUGGGGUUAUUUUUGACCCGGCGAAACAGCAGUUCGACUGGAACCAAUUCCGAGCCUUUGCCAGGCUUGACAAGAAGUCCGAUGAGAGUCUGGAGAAGUACUUCAGCUGCUUCGUGGCCAUGUGCCGGCGGGUGUGUCGCGUGCCCGCCAAGCCAGAUGGCGAGCCGCCCGACCUGCCCUCGGCGAUCGAGCCCAUCACGGAGGAGCGCGCCUCGCGCACCCUGUACCGCAUCGAGCUGCUGCGGAAGAUCCGCGAGCAGGUGCUGCGCCACCCGCAGCUGGCCGAGCGGCUCCGGCUCUGCCAGCCCAGCCUGGACCUGCCCGAGUGGUGGGAGUGCGGCAGGCACGACCGGGACCUGCUGGUGGGCGCCGCCAAGCACGGGGUCAGCCGCACGGACUACCACAUCCUCAACGACCCCGAGCUCUCCUUCCUGGACGCGCACAAAACCUUCGCCCAGACUCGAGGGGCGGCCGGCGCCCCGGCCCUGAGCGCGCUGGCCCUGGGCUUUGGCCAGACGCCCGCCGCCGCCGCCGCCGCCCCCGCCGCCGCCCCGGGCCAGGAGGAGAAGGCGGGAGGGGCCGAGGCCAAGGCCGGGGAGGCGGGGGAGGCCGAGGAGAAGGAGGAGGAGGAGGAGGCCGAGGGCGGCGGGAAGGACCGGAAGCAGGACCGCGAGGCCGAGCCCGGCGCCGGGAAGAGCGAGCCGAGAGGGGUGGAGGUCGGUGCGGACACGGGGCCCAAGUCCAUUUCAGAAAAGGGUUCCGAGGAGGACGAAGAGGAAAAGCUGGAGGACGAUGACAAGUCGGAAGAGUCUUCCCAGCCCGAAGCAGGAACUGUCUCGAGAGGGAAGAAUUUUGAUGAAGAGAGCAAUGCUUCCAUGAGCACUGCUAGGGAUGAGACCCGAGACGGAUUCUACAUGGAGGAUGGAGAUCCGUCCGUAGCUCAGCUCCUUCAUGAAAGAACGUUUGCCUUCUCAUUUUGGCCUAAGGAUCGAGUAAUGAUAAACCGAUUAGACAACAUCUGUGAAGCAGUGUUGAAAGGCAAAUGGCCGGUAAAUAGGCGCCAGAUGUUUGAUUUCCAGGGCCUCAUCCCCGGCUACACGCCCCCCACCGCCGACAGUCCCCUGCAGAAGAGGAGCCUGGCCGAGCUCUCCAUGGUGGGCCAGGCGAGCAUCAGCGGCAGCGAGGACCUCACCACUUCCCCGCAGUUGUCCAAGGAAGACGCCCUCAACCUCUCCGUCCCUCGCCAGCGGAGGAGGAGGAGGAGAAAGAUCGAAAUCGAGGCCGAAAGAGCUGCCAAGCGGCGAAACCUCAUGGAGAUGGUUGCCCAGCUGCGGGAGAAUCAGGUGGUCUCGGAAAACGGACAAGAGAAAGUUGUCGAUUUAUCAAAGGCCUCGAGAGAGGCAGCAAGCUCUACCUCAAGUUUUUCAUCUCUGACUUCAAAGUUUAUCUUGCCUAAUGUCUCGGCGCCCAUGUCUGAUGCCUUUAAGACCCAGAUGGAGCUGCUCCAGGCGGGCCUGUCCCGCACGCCCGCCAGGCAUCUGCUCAACGGCUCCCUCGCGGACGGAGAGCCUCCCGUGAAGAGGAGGCGGGGAAGGAGGAAAAACGUGGAGGGCCUCGACCUGCUGUUCAUGAGCCACAAACGGACGUCAUUGAGUGCAGAGGAUGCUGAGGUGACCAAAGCUUUUGAAGAAGAUAUAGAGACCCCACCUACAAGAAACAUUCCUUCUCCUGGACAGCUGGACCCAGACACGCGGAUCCCUGUUAUAAAUCUCGAAGAUGGGACUAGGCUGGUGGGGGAAGAAGCCCCUAAAAAUAAGGACUUAGUUGAAUGGCUGAAGCUGCAUCCCGCUUACACUGUUGAUAUGCCAAGUUACGUACCAAAGAAUGCAGAUGUGCUGUUUUCCUCAUUUCAGAAACCGAAACAGAAACGACACAGAUGUCGAAACCCUAAUAAAUUGGAUAUAAACACUUUGACAGGAGAAGAAAGGGUGCCUGUUGUCAAUAAACGAAAUGGGAAGAAGAUGGGUGGAGCUAUGGCGCCUCCGAUGAAGGAUCUACCCCGGUGGCUGGAAGAAAACCCCGAGUUUGCAGUUGCCCCAGACUGGACCGAUAUAGUCAAGCAGUCUGGUUUCGUUCCUGAGUCGAUGUUUGACCGUCUUCUCACUGGACCCGUGGUGCGGGGAGAGGGGGCGAGCCGGCGGGGACGGAGGCCCAAAAGUGAAAUCGCUCGCGCCGCUGCCGCGGCCGCGGCCGUGGCCUCCACGUCGGGCAUCAACCCCCUGUUGGUGAACAGCCUGUUCGCUGGGAUGGACCUGACGAGCCUGCAGAGCCUCCAGAACCUCCAGUCUCUGCAGCUGGCCGGCCUCAUGGGCUUCCCUCCGGGACUGGCCACGGCCACGGCCGCUGCCGCCGCCGCCGGAGGCGACGCCAAGAACCCGGCCGCCGUGCUGCCCCUGGUGCUGCCGGGCGUGGCCGGCCUGCCCAGCAUGUUCGGGCUGGGCGGGCUGCUCAACACCCCGCUGUCGGCCGCCGCCGCCGCUGCCGCCGCCGCCGCCGGCAACACGGCGGCCGCGGCCGGACCCGCGGAGCCGGAAGACGGCGCGUGCAAAGCGGAGGAGAAGGGCAACGAGAACGAGGACGAGAACAAGGACUCGGAGAAAAGCACAGACGCCGUUCCGGGCCCGGACUCCGCGAAUGGCUCUGUUGGUGCUGCUACUGCCCCGGCCGGCCUGCCCUCCAGCCCGCUCGCCUUCAACCCCUUCCUGCUGUCCACCAUGGCCCCGGGCCUCUUCUACCCGUCCAUGUUUCUACCUCCGGGACUGGGGGGAUUGACGCUGCCGGGCUUCCCCGCCUUGGCGGGGCUGCAGAACGCCGUGGGCUCCGGCGACGACAAGGCUCCCGACAAGGCCGAGGGGGGCGCCUUUCCGGAAGAGGAGACCCUCGAGGGCAGCGACGCCGAGGAGAGCCUGGACAAGACGGCGGAGUCCUCAGUCUUAGAAGACGAGAUAGCACAGGGCGAAGAGCUAGACUCACUCGACGGGGGGGACGAAAUAGAAAACAAUGAAAAUGAUGGAUAACCAGUACCAGUUCCAGUUAAAGUGUUUAAAACUUUUGACAAGUGGUAGUCCUACUGUUUACACUCACAGUUAAUGUUCAUACCUAGUUUUAUAAGCUGUUCUGUAACAUAGUGUAGCAAAAGAAAAAAAAAAGUCCAAGUCAUGUUAUACAGGUGUGUCAAAAGGUAUCUUGGUCAUUAAGUAUUGUGCAGUGCAUUAUUUAUUAUCCCUAGGAGAGAUGAAAUUUGAGAGAUGAUCAUGUCUUUUUAAGGAAACUUACAUAAUGCUCUGCUUUUUUGUUUUUUUUUUUCCCUUUCCUUUUCUUUUGGUACCAUUGGUAUUAUAAUAAAGAGCAAUUUGUAACCAAGUGGCACGAAUGGAAGGAAGUGCUGCUCAAAGGAAGUAUGAAGUUAUAUAUUUAAUUUUUUAAUUUUAAUUUUUUUGCUGUGAAGGUCAAGAUGAAAUUUACCAUACAUAUCAUCCUUGCUCAUUUGUUUCCCUUUUUGACUACACGGGGGGUUCCCACACUUGCGCAUCACACACAUCCAUACACUCUGACAAUCUCCACCUUAGUGUGAACGUCUCUGUCCCGAGGCGCAGCAAUAAUAAGGCAGCUGUUGAAUGUGAAGGGUCCCUUUGGAAAUUAACCUACUGGGAGGGUUCUUGCCAGACAGAACUGCAGUUCCAUUGUCUCGUGGUCUUGUAAUGCACUGGUAUAAACAAAAUAAAUAGAUGAAUAAAUAAAGAGUGAGAGAAGAGAGAAUCAGGUACCUUUUUUAAAUUAAAGGACUUUGUUACUUUAGCCACAAGCUAAAACAGCAUUACCUCAGCUCUAAACUAGCCUUGAAGUUUACAGACAUGACUUUGUAAAUGUAUUGUUUUUCUUUGUUGUGAUGUCCUUUUAUUUUUUUUCCUUUGAAAACUGCUAUCAUGUAAGAUAAAAUGUAAAUUGCUGCCAACUGUAGUAAUGAUGCUUUUAAUAAAAGUGACCCAUGA